AUGAUUGUGGUUUUGAUGACAGUGGUGAUAAUGACAGCGAUGGUGCCGGACGAUAAUCAUAAUAGCGAUAACGAUAGCAGUAGUGCCGGGAUAGAGGCAUUGACAGCAGUCAUAAUGAUGAUGAUGAUGAUAACGAUGGUAGUGAUAGUGACAGCGGUAAUGAUAGUGGCGACACUAGUAAUUAAUAAUUAUAGCGAUGGUAACGAUAAUGAUCGUGAUGCAAAUUGUAUUGACAAGAACAGUCACAGUAAGUGUAAAGAAAACAAGCAGCAGCAAGCCGCAACAUGGCGUUCUCGAUGGCAUACGGGAACCGCAAUGUGUAAUCAUUUCUCCUUGUAUACUUCUGAUCAAGCAACCAAUUUGCCUGGAUCAAAUCGCUUUUUCUUCUGUGUUCUUGUUUCUGCUAUUUACACUAGAGUAUUGGUUGUUUCGAUAUAA